CACACACACACACAUACACACAAUCUCACUUCCUUAAUUUUGCCUUAAAAUUUAGCAAGUGAAAGACUGAGCUUCUGGUCGUAUGCAGAUGAUGCUGUUAUAUAGUAAAAGGUGCUAAUGCAGUUGGGACUUAUUUGAGUUUUGGAUAUUUAAGUGAAUGAUUGGAUCGACAAUGAGCAAGGCACCCUUUAGACUUGAGAUGGAUGGCAGGACGGAUGAGGAGAGGGAAAAGGACAAGGAAAUGAGAAAAGCAGCUGUAACGCCACCAAUGGGCACUUUCUUUCCAGAGGACCAGGCUAAUGUCCGGCCUGAAGUCCGAAUCAACAUGACCUCUGUUAACAAACUGCUAGGGUUAAACGACCCACCAGUUCAGGACAACAGGUUUGAAAGGAUGAAGCUUUUUGGUGCUGUUGCCAGCGGUGACAUCACUAAGCUGGAAGGCCUGGAGGAGUAUCUGGACACAUAUCACAAGACACUGAUGAGCACAGAUUAUCAGCCUGAGGGGAAGACAGUCCUGAUGAUUGCUCUGCUAAACCUGAAAAAAGAAGAUAACAAAAUAGUGGAGUACCUGCUCAGCAUUGCAAAGAAAAAAAAUUAUCUUAAUGAGUUAGUGACUGCAAGACGUACAGAUACAUCCUAUAAAGGACAGACGGCUCUUCAUAUAGCCAUUGAGAGGAGAAAGAAAAGAUUUGUUAAGAUGCUCAUUGAGAAAGGGGCUGAUGUCCAUGCACUGGCCUGUGGGACAUUUUUCCAGCCACUUAGUGAAAAAUGUUUCUACUUUGGGGAGCUUCCACUUUCUCUGGCAGCCUGUAUUAAUCAGGAAGAUAUAGUGGACCUGCUGAUGGAAAGAGCAGACGUGAGGCGUACAGACACUCUGGGCAACUCGGUUCUCCAUGCUCUUGUGAUGGUGGCUACUGACAAAUCUGACACUAUAGACUUUGUUACUUCCAUGUACGACUUCAUUCUUGCCAAAGAUGCGGCUAUGAAUCCCAAUAAGGAGAAGCUGGAGGACAUUGAGAACAAGCAGGGACUUACUCCCAUCAAACUGGCUGCAAAGUUAGGAAAGAUUGGGCUGCUCAAACACAUUCUGCAUCGCGAGUUCCUGCAAGAAGAGUGCAGGCAUCUGUCCCGAAAGUUUACGGAGUGGGUAUAUGGCCCAGCAUCUGGUUCAGUAUACGACUUGGACUCUGUCGACACGUACAAGCCAAACUCUGUCCUAGAGAUAGUUGUUUAUGGCUCAGAAAUACCUAAUCGUCUAGAGAUGCUUCAGCUCGAGCCACUUAAUCAAUUACUGGAAGACAAAUGGAAAAGUUUUGCUAAAUGGAUAUUCCACAUUAAGUUUAUUGUGUAUAUAUUAUAUCUCAUCAUCUUCACAGCUGUUUCUUAUCACAACCAUGAAGAAGGAAGAGCAAAUCCGAAAGGCCACCUCCUGCGUGCUGGUUAUGCCAUCGUGGCAUUCGGAUCACUCUACAUCAUAAUCGUUGUGCUGAUAGAUUUAAGGAAAAAGCGUCCAAGUCUGCAAGCAAUGCUGAUAGAUGGCUAUUCUGACCUGCUUUUUUUAUUGCAGGCUGGCUUGUUUCUGAUCUGUAUGGUGCUGUAUUUCUGUGGACACAAGCAGUAUCUUGCCUUCCUGGUGCUCAGUUUGGCUCUGUCCUGGAUGAAUCUGCUCUACUUCUCUAGAGGAAGUAAACACAUGGGGAUCUACAACAUCAUGAUUCAGAAGAUAUUCCUUGGUGUCAUCAUGCGCUUCCUCCUUGUCUACAUUGUCUUCCUUACUGGAUUUUCAGCAGCUUUAGUGACUCUACUCAAUAACCCCACAGAAGGACUGCAUUUGGACGCAGCCAAUACAAAUGUGACAGAAGGCUGCAAUGAACCCAACUUUAAAACCAUCUCAUGCACCAUUCUGCAGCUGUUUAAGUUCACUAUAGGCAUAGGCGACCUGGGGUUCACAGAGGAGAACGAGUAUAAACAUGUAUUUUAUGUGCUGCUCAUAUUCUACAUUGUUCUCACGUACAUACUGCUGCUGAACAUGUUAAUCGCUCUAAUGAGCAAGAGCGUCGAGGACAUGUCUGAGAAGAGCACCAACAUCUGGAAACUGCAGCGUGCCAUCACCAUUUUGGAUAUCGAGAGAUAUGCAAGCUGUCUGAAGAAGAAGUUGCGCUCAGGAUUGAAGAGGAACCUGGGCAAUACAGAGCGCUGGUUUCUCAGAGUGGAAGAAGUCGACUGGAAAAAUUGCGAACGCAACCUGGCCAUCAUCAGUGAAGAUCCUGGAAAAAGCAACACAAAGCAACCUGAAUCUUACAGAGAGCCCAGUCAACAGAGUCUCGAAGUCCAGGAAGAGGAACAAGCACUUCUAGUUUAACAGAACUGGAAAAGAGAAAUAUUGUCACAUGCCUACAAACAUGGCUGCAUGACAAGGACUACACCACCCAGACUCUUGCAUGUUUAUAAUCACCAGACUACUGAAUACACAAAGCUAAAUGCACUCAAUCACCUUCAUAGCACAUUCCCACGGUUUAUAAGGACUCUGAACACAACCAUGUCCAACCGUGUCACUCCCAAAGAGAACCUCAACAUCUUCAGCUCUGCUACCUCCAGCUCUGACUCGUGUCUCUUCCUCAGUGACACUGUCUCUAAACCAUACAGCAUGGCCGGUCUCACCACUGUCCUGUACACCUUCCACCUUGAUUCUGGCUGAUAUUUUUCUAUCACACAGAACUCCUGACACAUUUCACUGAUGAUUCACAUGGUUAAAUUUGGCAAUGUUUUACGUUGGAUGCUCUUCCUGACGCAACCCUCUCUAUUUAUCCGGGCUUGGGACCUGUACAGAAGUCACUGGACUGUGACUCCCAUGGCUAGAUUAGAGAUAAUACUAAAGAUGUUUAGAGAUAAUUUAAUGAUAUUAAAUGAGACAAGGUCAUACACAGAACAGCUCUGAGUUCAGAAGAUUAACAGAGAAACAGUAAAACCUCACUUUGUGGUUAAAGUUCUUUUUAUGCUGAUCAAGCAGGAAAUGGGUGGAGUGAUGGUUAAAUUAAAAAAAAAAAAAAAUCCUCGCCCUCUAGUGGUCUGGAGGGGAAGUGUCUCUGUUAGAUACUACACUUUGCAGGUUAGUUACAGGAUGAUCACUUUUUGUAUUUUUUUUGUACUUAGUUAAAGGAUGACUAUGUGUGCUUUACUCAGUAACCAGUUGACUGUGUAUGCUUUACUUAGUUACAGCAUGACCGCAUAUGCUUUACUUAGUUAAAGGAUGACUUUUAGAAUAGAAUAGAAUAGAAUAGAAUAGAAUAGAAUAGAAUAGAAUAGAAUAGAAUAGAAUAGAUGUUUAUUGUCAUUGUACCAUUUGCAUGUACAACAAAAUUAAAAAAGUGUCAACCAGUCAAAAGUGCAGCAGUCAUACAUACAUUCAAA